CACAUGAAUAUGCAUAUAAUAGAGGAAAUGACUUGCAUAGAGUUUUGUAAAAAAAAAAAACGAGUGAGUUGCGAGAGAAAAACACAUAAACAUGGUGAACAUAAUGACAGUACUUUGGUCAUUGGCUAGUUGGGCAGUGAAGAUGGCGGGUUUGAAGCUUUACACAGUGGAGAUAGAGCCAGGUACACUAAUGAGAUUCUGGGUCCCUUCCGAAACCAUUUCAAAGCCCAAGCCCAAGCCCAUUUCAAAACCAACCAAGCGAGUAGUGGUUCUAAUCCACGGCUUCUGCGGCGAUGGACUUUUCACAUGGCAGUUCCAAAUCAGCGCUUUGGUAAAAAACUACUCUGUUUACGUUCCAGAUUUAAUUUUCUUCGGCGGCUCCACAACCGAUAAGCCGGAUCGGUCACCGGCUUUUCAAGCCGAGUGUUUGGCAGCUGGGUUAAGGAAACUCGGGGUGGAGAAGUGUGUUCUGGUUGGAUUUAGUUACGGAGGAAUGGUGGCUUUUAAAAUGGCUGAGCUGUAUAGUGAGCUUGUUGAAGCCGUGGUUGUAAGUGGCUCAAUUUUGGCUAUAAAGGAGUCUAUGAUAAAUACGGCAGUGGAAGAAGCUGGAUUUUGUUCUUGUAAGGAAAUGUUAAUGCCAUAUACUGUUGAGGGAGUGAGGACACUUCUUUCUGUUGGUAUGCACAACAAAUUUUGGUUACCCAACUUUGCACUCAACGAUUUUCUUAAGGUAAUGUUCUUUAAUAGGAAAGAGCGAGGUGAGCUAUUAGAAGCCUUAGUCAUUAGCUACAAAGACAUUAACAUCCCGAAAUUCCCACAGCAAAUACUUCUUUUAUGGGGUGAGAAAGACAAAAUUUUCAAACAAGAAGUUGCACAGGACAUACAAGAGAUACUGGGAAAUAAUGCAACAUAUGAAGGGAUAAAAAAUGCCGGUCACUUGGUUCAUCUCGAGCGACCUUGUGUUUAUAAUAAGUGCCUUAAGCAGUUUCUUUCUUCUAUUAAGCUUGGUGAAAGAAAAUAAUCCAAUUCACAUCUAUGAAUACGUCAAGGGUGUGUUCGGUAAGUACCUAUUUGAUAAGUUAUUUUAGAGAGUUCAAUUAAGUGCUCAUUAGUGCGUUGUUGUUGUUAUUAUUAUUACUGUGAAUCCAAUUUUUUGUAUUCCUUCUCAUUAAAAAAACAAUGUUGUAUUAACUAUCAAGUUAAAUAAUGUAUUCCGAUCACUUCUUUAUUGUGUGAUA